AUGGCAGUCCAAAACUUAAAGCCUAAUGUUAUUUCUUCUUCUUCAAUUCAUUAUGCUGAUUUGAUUAAGAGUGUUCGUGAUAAAAAUUUAAAGAGUUUAUUGGCGCGGAAGAAGCUCCAUCUUGUUCUUGAUUUAGACAAUACUCUUCUCCACUCGAGUACUAUGCUAAAGUUAACAAAAUAUGAUCGUGAUUAUUUACAACGCUCUGUUGGUGUCAAAUUGAUCGAGGAAAAGAAGCUAUUCCAAUGGAAUUUUCAGAGAAACGAUAGCGUGACAUGUCUACCUGCUAGAGGACGUAAUGAUCAUUGGGUAACAAAAUUGAGGCCUAAUGUUGAAACGUUUCUUAAAGAAGCUAGCGCAGUAUUCGAGUUUUCAAUUUUCACGUUAGGAACUUGCAAAUACGCAAGGAAAAUGCUUGACCUACUUGAUCCCGAAGGGUUGUAUUUUGCUCAUUCACAAGUGAUCACAAGAGAAGAUAUCCGUUCAAAGCCAUUGAAGAAGGGUCUCGAUCUUGUAUGGGCACAUGAAAGAGUUGUUUUAGUGGUCGAUGAUUUAAAAGAAGUAUGGAAAGACGACAAUGCUAAGAGUGUGAUCAAAAUAGCUCCAUAUGAGUUCUUUGAUGAUGAAUCCUCGAAUAAGAAAUCUUGGUCACGAAAUUGGGCAGAUGAAAGUGAGAAGUAUGGAGAGCUCGCUAGGGUUUUAAGGGAGUUAAAGAAGAUACACAAAGAAUUCUACAAUGUAGAGGAAGGACAAGAUGAUUAUGAAAGUCGUGAUGUAAGAGAUGCAAUUGAAGAGGUAAAGAGAAAGUUCUUUUUGCAAGGGACUAAAGAAGGGAUGAGUAAACAUGCACAAGAAACGAUUAAUGAGAUUGAUGAAUGCUUCAAAUCAAUGGGGUUGAAUUGUCGUACAAAUGGACCAAAUGUUAUACUUCAGACUAAUCAUAUGGUUAUGUAA